GUGCGCGGUGCCUCCCUGUGAGGGAGGCGAGAACAUGGCGGAAGCGGAGUGAAGGGUUCGUACGCCGAGCGGAGGCAGAAUAAUUCUACAACUAUGGAGAAUGAAUCAAGCACAACGACUUCUUCCACAUGCACAACAACCAUUGCUACCACAUCUUCCCCCUCCCGUACACAGCCACCCCAGAUAUCUGUCUACAGUGGCUCAGAUCGACAUGCCGUGCAGGUCAUUCAGCAGGCCUUGCAUCGUCCCCCCAGCUCAGCUGCACAAUACCUUCAACAGAUGUAUGCAGCUCAGCAGCAGCAUCUAAUGUUACAAACUGCAGCUUUACAACAGCAGCAUUUGAGCAGUACUCAGUUCCAGAGUUUGGCCAGUGUUCCCCAGGCAAAUCUUUCAGGUGGGAGGCAAUGUGCUUCUCCUAAUGGCAGUGUCACUCAGCAGUCAAGCAUGUCAGAAACCUCGAUUAAUCUCUCUGCUUCUCCUACACCUGCGCAGCUAAUAAGCCGUUCACAGACCUCCAACGCUAGUAGCAGCAGUCUUACCCAGCAGACCAUGCUAUUAGGGAGCACUUCCCCUACUCUGACUGCCAGUCAGGCUCAGAUGUAUCUCCGAGCCCAGAUGCUGAUUUUUACGCCUGCUACCACUGUGGCGGCUGUCCAGUCUGACAUUCCUGUUGUGUCGUCAUCAUCUUCGUUUCCCUGUCAGUCUGCAGCUACUCAGGUCCAGAAUUUGACUUUGCGCAGCCAGAAGCUGGGUGUAUUGUCUAGUUCUCAAAAUGGAACUCCAAAAAGCUGUAGUCAACCCCAGACGUUAGCUGUGUGUCCUAGCAAACCUGUAACCAGUGCCAAAGCCAGCCAGUCAGAUCUUCUAGAAAGCAAAAGGAAAGGAGAUAGCCCAAAUGCUGAGCCUCGAAGUCCAGCUGUUACCCGUACAUCAAGUAUUCAUCAGUUAAUGGCACCAGCCUCAUAUUCUCCGAUGCAACCUCAUUCCCUGUUAAAACAUCAGCAGCCCCCUCUUCACUCACCACCUUCAAAGAUUUCUCACCAUCAGUUAAUCUUUCAGCAGCAGCAAGUUCAACCAAUCACACUCCAGCUGCCUCCCAGCCAAGAAGCCACUCCAUCCCAGCACUGCACAUCCCUUCAGAGCCAUUCUCUGACUCCAGAUCCCACCAGUACCCCAUCCCAGCACUGCACUCCUGUCCACGUCCAUCCUCCUCCACUUUCUCCAACCCCAUCCCCAUCCUCACAGCAAUCUGUGGUAGUAUCCCCACCACCUCCUCCUUCACCCAGCCAGUCCCCAAGUAUAAUUAUCCAUCCCCAAACUCUUAUUCAAUCGCAGUCACAUCCACUGACGUCGUCAGCACUCCAGUCAGAGCAUAACUCAGUGCAGGCUGACGAUAGUCCACCAGAAUCAGUAUCACAGUCCGCUGCUCUUCCUCCCCAGUUGUCACCUUCCCCAGUAGUACAUGUUGGACCAACAGAUCAUCCUUCCAUGCUGUCCCCCAGCCAACAGGUAACAUCACCAUCAUCUCAUCAACAGUAUCCAGCUUUGCAGCCAGCACCAAUUCCACUUGCAACCUCUCCACAACUGUCAUCAACUCCAACCCAUGCUCAACAGAUGCCCCUUCCUCCUGUUCCAUCUUUGCAAGUCCAGCCUGAACUUUUGUCCCAAGAUCAGGUUUUGGUACAAAAUACCUUAGUUUCUGAAGAGGAGCUUCCUGCUGCUGAAGCUUUGGUCCAGCUGCCACUUCAGACUCUUCCGCCUCCCCAAACAGUUGCAGUAAACCUCCAAGUGCAACAAGCAGUACCUAUUGAAACCCCAGUGCUUUAUCAAGAGGAAGAUAUAUGCGAAGAUGAGAUGCCCGAGGACUCAGAUGGUGUUCGUAUGGCGAGGACUCCCACCCCACCAACGCUGUCACCACCAGCUAUAACUUUAAGAAGCAGAGAAGAACUUACUUAUGAGGAGCCUUUUCCAGAACAAGAGGGACAUCCUUCAAUGGCUUCAUCAGUCAGCGCAUCUGUAAUUAAAUCACCAUCAGACCCUUCACAUGCCUCUAUUCCACAGCCACCUCUUUUGCUUCCAGCAGUUGCAACAAGGACUAACAGCGCAUCAAUGUCCAAUAGAAACCCUAGUAUAGAAAACAAACUUCCACAGGCUAUCGUUAAACCACAAAUCCUGACUCAUGUUAUUGAGGGCUUUGUGAUCCAAGAGGGUUUAGAACCAUUUCCUGUAAGUUGUUCAUCUCUUCUGGUUGAGCAGCCUGCAAAAAAGAGACUCUUGUUGGAGGGGCAAGUUGUGAAUGUUAUGUGUGUUGAACCAGAGCUUCAGAACAAUGCAAAACAUGCAGACAACUCCUCGGACACUGAACUGGAGGACAUAAUUACUGAAGAAGGACUAGAUGAGAUGGAAACAGAUCUCCUUAAGUGUGAGUUCUGUGGGAAAAUGGGGUAUGCAAACAAGUUCCUGAGAUCGAAACGAUUCUGCACCAUGUCCUGUGCAAAGAGGUACAAUGUGAGUUGCGGUAAGAAAUUUGGAUUAUAUGCAUCAGACAAGAGCAGUCGUUGGAGCCGUAGUCCAGAUAGUCAAAGCCUCGGGCGACGAGGGCGGCGGCCAAGUGGCACUGAUGGAGCUCCAAGAGAACACUUCCUUAGACAGCUACCAAUUACUUAUCCAUCUGCAGAAGAAGACUUGGCCUCUCAGGAAGACAACGUGCCAGUUGCCAUGACCACUCGCCUGCGAAGGCAAAGUGAGAGAGAAAGGGAGCGUGAGCUUAGGGAACUGAGAAUUCGGAAAACAGCAGACAACAUGGAUUUGUUGCCAGCCAUGCAAUCUGUUCCAUCAGUAUGGACUGUUGAAGAUGUCUGGGCCUUCAUCCAUUCUUUGCCUGGUUGUCAAGAUAUUGCUGAUGAAUUUCGAGCCCAAGAGAUUGACGGGCAGGCUCUUCUCUUAUUAAAAGAGGAUCAUCUCAUGAGUGCAAUGAAUAUUAAGCUAGGACCUGCACUAAAAAUCUGUGCGCGGAUCAACUCUUUGAAGGAAUUGUAGUGGAAAACCAAGGCUUAAAUCACAGUUUUAAAUAGACUUGUAAAGUAAUAAGCCAACAUCUCAGUGUUUGAUGCAAUUAUUACUGCUUUGCUUUGCUAAGCUUUUUUUUCCCACAUAAAAACUAUUGGAGGAGCAUUUUUAAUAUGAUCUUCCAAACUUUCCAGCUAUUCAGGAGACAUAAGCUGUGCUGGUUUAAAAUUAUUUAGUCAAAACCAGAGGGAGGUAGAGUCGGUGAGAAGCUCAAUGAAGUGUAUGUAAUAUGUUGUGGGUGAUGCUUAUUCCAAAAAGGCAAUUAUUUACCAUACAAGAAUUAAGCUUUUUUUGAAUAUAUAACCUUGAUUACAGUUUUACAUUGUGUUUCUAUACACUUUUUUCCUUUAUAGAAAGCUUUUACAAAUAUGGAUUAACAGAAGAGUCCACAGAGUCUGUGGAAGCAUUGACUAUGGUAAAAUGCUAUGCAUUUAAUUGUGCUCAUUGGGUUUCAGUUAAUCUUGAGCAUACGGUUUGAAGAGAAACUGUCGUUCACCUUCUCUUCUUUCUUAAUCCUACAACUCACCCACCAUUAUACCAUUUCCUUUAAGUGUGGAAGCUUUUCUGUAAAAAUAUGAGAUAUUCUGGGAAUUCUGCAAACCUUCCACUGUUAGAAAUUUUGAUCUUACGGAUCACUUGUGUCCUCCUUGCCAGUUUGAGCAGAACCCCCACCAGUGUCUAGAUUUUUUUUUUCUUAAAUCAGGCAACAGGGAGGCAUGAAUGAGUGGAGCUCCACAGUGAGUAUGAUGCACAUGCUAGUAAAGCUACAUGGCACAUUUUCUAGAUAACAAAAGCACAUACAUUAUCCCUUUGUAUGGUGCUAUGUACUGAAGAGGGCAUUAUGUUACAGUUUUUCUUUUCCCUUGCUGCUGGUUAAUGUAGACCAAAGGAGUUAACGCACACCUGAACACGCCCUAGAGUAGAGGCACACUUUUAUCCAUAUGCUAGUGUGCUGCUCUGUGCUUUGUUUCUACCUGCCUCUUGUGUCUCCUCCCUCCCUCCCUCCCUCCUUCCUUCCUUCUGCAAAUCCUUUGCUGAACGCUGUUAGGGAUGUUAUUGGAAGAAGCAUAGUUUGAAAUUACACUGCUUUCAGCUCUAACAUUUUCUCACAGCCCAGUGUUAUCUGCAGAAGCUGCUCAUCUCAAUGGUGAGGAUCCUAAAUCAAUGGCACCAAAGUAUUAUUAGUAAGUGGUCAGAUAUUUGUCCUCUGUAUCUGCUUAAUAUUUUGCACUGUAAACCAAAAGAUCUUGUUGCCAUGAUAUGGGUCAAUCAAACAGGGCCCAGUUCAUCAAUAAUUUUUCUUGUGUGAGAUACACUGAUACAGGUGACUUUCAUCUGGUAGACCUGACAGAAAAGAAAUUCCUUGUAGCAGCCUUCUUCCAACUCAGAGCUCACCAGGGAACUACAGUUCUCUUCAGCCCUAGCUAGGACAGCAGAUUAGGGGAAACCUUCAUGUAAUUGAAUGUAAAUCUUCCAUAAGGUCCUAUAUUCAUUUCAGACAUAGGUAGAUUUUAGUAACAAUAUAAUUAGUAUAGAUUUGUUUUUUGGAAAGGACUUACAGAAGGCUACUGUAGUUAACUCCUUGGUACUACCAAAGAUACUCAAUUAUUGUCAUUCCACUGAAGGAAUCUGUCAGAAUGGAGAAAGGGUGAUUUUCACUUAUUUCCUCUCUGCCUAUCUGCACAGCGGUCCCAAAAUUGCUCUGCAAAGCUGGGAGACCCUUCAAAAUCAGUUUGGAUGGGGAGCAAAUAACCACUCCACUCACCCACCUUUCACUGACUGAUGGAAAGUCAAUCUUUGGAAAUUACUUGGGUAUCAUCCUGUAUAUAAACAAUAAAUAUAAUAGUAUUACAGUUAUAAAUCUCUCUCUUUGCUUUAAGUGGAGACCAGAGUACCAAAAAUAUAUAUAUAUUUAUAACUCGUUCUGGUAAAAUGUUUUUGUUUUAUUAUCUCUUUAUUUGUUGAUUAAAGAUUAUUUAGAGCUAGCAAAAGCACUUAAGACUUGCACAGUGUUUUACUGAUUUAAUAUCUGGAAUUUUGGAGUGCUUUCAGAAGGAUUUCUAGCUAUUGGAGGUUAUUAGAAGCUCAAAGCAAUCCAUUUCCGUAUAAGUUAAGAAAGUCACCUGCUGUUGUUGAAACGUGUGCAUGGGAAAAAAAAUCAAAGAUUAGAAAGUAUUGCAUAAUUCUCCAAUUCUUCACUUUUACUGUGAUUAGAUUAUUCUUCUUAUAGCAAGGUUACAUGGUUAUAUAGCAAAAGCUGCCAAUUUUUUUUUAGCCAAGCAAAGAUUGUGAGCGGCUAAUUGGAAAUAAAGACAGCUCGUGAAGGGGACUUACGCCAAAGCAGAAUAACAAACGUGGCAUGUCUGUUGAAAUUCCAAACAGAAAUAGGUCAAGCCACUUCAGUCCCAUUCACUUCAAAGAAUUUAAGGGUGCAGUCCUCUAAACUCUUAGUUAUGAGUACAUAUGUGCUGGUUUGUAAAUUAUUUUAUCAAAAAAUUACAGUUUUGCUGCGUUGUAUAUCAAGCUGAUUUUGUUUUGUGAAUGACUAUAUUUUGAAUGUUUAUCUCUUAAAUAUCUGGAUGUAGCAGCAUUUUUUUUCAUAUUCAGCAGUUACUAGCAGAGCACAAUUUCAUAUUCAUAGUAGUAUGAUAAGCAUUAUAUAUUUUAUACCAAACACACCCUUGACUUUCAUUAGCUGCACAAUGUAUAACCUUACAGUAAUUUUCUAAAGAGGAUUAUGGUAUUACUCUUAUAUAUGGUAGUAUUGCUCCUCUGAAUAUGCAAAAUAUGAAGAGAAGCACAAAGGAUUCUGUCCUUGAGAGAAAACGGAUUUUGUUCUAGCUUAAUCCCCAAUAAACCAGUUUGACAUGGGCAAUCUAUGCGAUUGCAAGCAACUGCUGAAAGAACCAAAUCAAGAGCCACUUUGGUCUAGUGGUGAAGGCUCCAGGCCAGAAAGCAGGAAAUGGUGUCCUGGUCCCGCCUGAGGCA